AUGAGCAGUCAUUUUCAAACCACGGUGGGGUUCACAAGCAUCGCGGCGUCCAGCUGGCUAGCUGGCAGUAUUGCCAGCAUUUCGAUCAUAUCAGUACCGGCCCUGAUAUCUGCGGCGAACGAUAGCUCUACAUCACCAGUUCUCGCCACUCGACUGUGGCGCAUCAUCUACGAGCGCGGGAAAGCCUCCAUGCCCAUUGUUGCUGCCACCGCUGCCAUUGGUUACGGCACUCUAGCAUAUAAUCGUUACUCGACCCAGCGCCCAUGGCUCCCCUUUGCCUUUUCAUCGUUUAUGGCUGUUGCAAUCGUGCCUUUUACUGUUGUUACGAUGAGCAGCACGAACUCUUCUUUGAUCCAGAUAUCUGAAAGCAAGACCGCCCCAGGAACGGCCGAAGGAGUCGUCGCUCUGUUGGCGAGAUGGGGUAGCUUGAAUCUGACGAGGUCACUACUACCGUUUGUUGGAGCCCUGACGGCUAUAUGGUAUAUUUAG